AUGAGUUUCUCCAUGCUCUGGGGUUUUGGCAUGAACAAUCACGUGCUGACCGAGAUGAUUACGUCAUAA